AUGAAGCAAGCAUCAAGAUUGCUGCCUACGAUCGGAGUGCUCUUGUCGUUUCUCUCUGUGAACAAAGCGGAAAGCGUCGCCUGGAGCGAAACCCAGCUGGAUUCGCAUCCGUCAGCGACACCUGAUCUGCAAUAUGCCACCGUCAUCUCGCCUGAACCUGGUCAGGCUGUCAAGCGAGACGGAUCGUCGCUCGUCCAGCUCGAAUACUACGGUAUCGGAGGCAGCCCUGGACUAGCCACCAAGUUGAUCCGAAUCUACGUGAUCGCCUCGCAGAACGUCAGCUCUCCAACCGAGCAGCCCAUGGCCGCCGGAGAUCAGAGGUACGGUCUGGACGCAUUUAUGACAUUGCCACCUAACGCGUUCCAGCCUGGUUCGACGCAGCAAGAGAUCGAUGGGCGCAGCUUCAACGCGUACAUCUACCCGAAGCUGCCUCUCCCGCGCGCUCAGGUGACACAGCCUUUCAACGCUACGCUGUUCUUGUUGGAAUCGUACACCUCGCCCGAUGGUCAUGGCCUCGAUAGGGUCACGCGACAGGCGAUUCCUAUCCAUGUACUUGCGUCAUGA